CAAAGGGGGGUCACCUCUGAUGGACAACACUCCUGCUCCUCUCAAGGCAGGAGAGAGGAUGAGAGACCCCAGCCUCCUGCUAUUAUUCAUGUGAUUCGCUUCUCACUGCCCCUUCUCCUUUCCUCCGUCAGCAGCUUGCUCUCAGCCUUUGCCAGCCCCCCUCCCUCCCUUCCCCUUUCUCUCUCUCUCUCUCUCUCUCUCUCUUGCAUUCCUUGCCAGAAGCUCCCAGCUUCACUCGGAUCUCCUUGCUGGGCUGGAGUACAGAGCUAUAAGAUGCUCCAUAACAAUUCCAUGUGACUUGGGACCUUUUUUUAUUUGCUCGCCUUCAUCUCUGGUUGUGUGUGGUACCACAGCUGUAGAAUCCACCAAGGACCACACAUUUGGGAUACUUAUUAAAUACUUAUUAAAGAAGAUGUACUUGCUGGCUGUUCUUUAUGGGAAAACAACUACCUGAGGGAUUUUCCAGUAGCGCCUAUAACCUUCCCUUUAAUCACUGGCUGAAUACUGGAGUUAUUCAAGACUGUUGAAAAUUUAAACCAUUACCAAAAAUGAAGGACUUUUGUUUGCAAGGAUUUUUAAUAUGCUUGGCCAUUGUAUAUUGUAGCUAUGCCACAUCAAUAGGACGAAGUAGUAAAUCGAAGCAAUCACUUCAUGGUCACCAUGAAAAGGGUAAAGAAGGGCAAGUUCUGCACAGAUCCAAGAGAGGAUGGGUAUGGAAUCAGUUUUUUGUAAUAGAGGAAUAUACUGGACCAGAUCCUGUGCUCGUUGGACGGCUUCAUUCAGAUGUGGAUUCUGGAGAUGAAACGAUAAAGUACAUACUCUCAGGGGAAGGAGCUGGGACCAUUUUUGUUAUUGAUGACAAAUCAGGGAACAUUCAUGCAACCAAGACCCUGGAUAGGGAAGAAAGAGCUCAAUACACACUCAUGGCACAGGCAGUCGACAGAGAAACCAACAAACCUUUGGAACCACCUUCAGAGUUUAUUGUAAAAGUUCAAGAUAUAAAUGACAACCCACCUGAGUUCUUGCAAGAUAACUACCCAGCAAAUGUGCCAGAGAUGUCCAAUGUGGGGACGUCAGUUAUCCAAGUUACCGCUUCUGAUGCCGAUGACCCUACGUACGGAAACAGUGCAAAACUGGUAUACAGCAUUCUUGAAGGACAGCCGUACUUCUCAGUGGAAGCUCAAACUGGAAUUAUUAGGACAGCCCUUCCUAACAUGGACAGAGAAGCUAAGGAGGAAUAUCAUGUUGUUAUACAAGCAAAAGACAUGGGUGGUCACAUGGGAGGACUCUCAGGAACAACCAAAGUGACAAUAACUCUAACUGAUGUCAAUGACAACCCACCAAAGUUUCCUCAAAGUGCGUACCCCAUGUCUGUGUCUGAGGCUGCAGUUCCAGGUGAUGAGGUUGGAAGAAUAAAAGCCAAAGACCUGGAUAUUGGAGAGAAUGGUUUAAUCAAGUAUCGUAUUCUUGAAGGGGAUGGUGCAGAAAUAUUUGAAAUUACAACGGAUUAUCACACGCAGGAAGGUGUUGUGAAACUUAAAAAGGUGGUCGAUUAUGAAACAAAGAAGUUCUACAGUAUGAAAGUUGAAGCAUCAAAUAUCCAUAUUGAUCCACGGUUCCUUAGCCGAGGGCCAUUCAAAGACACAGCCACUGUAAAGAUCUCAGUUGAAGAUUUUGAUGAAGCUCCUCGUUUUUUGGAGCCUGGUUAUAUUUUAGAAGUAUAUGAAAAUUCUGCAGCUGAUACUGUGGUUGGCAGAGUGCAUGCUAAAGAUCCUGAUGCAGCAAACAGUCCUAUUAGGUAUUCAAUCGAUCGCCACACUGACCUUGACAGAUAUUUCAGCAUCAACCCAGAGGAUGGUAUUAUCAAAACCACGAAAGCUUUAGAUAGAGAGGAAAAUGCUUGGCACAAUAUCACCAUUGUAGCAGCUGAAGCUCAUAACCGUAUGCAUGAAGCUAGAGUUCCAGUGGCAAUCAAAAUUUUGGAUAAGAAUGACAAUGCUCCAGAGUUUGCAGAACCUUACGAAGCUUUUAUUUGUGAAAAUGCCCCGAUUAAUCAGCAUUUUCUGACAAUAACUGCUAUAGACAAAGACGAUACAGCCAAUGGACCAAGAUUUUUCUUCAGUUUUCCACUUGAAAAUGGUCAUUCAAAUCCAAAUUUUACCAUAAGAGACAACCGAGAUAACACUGCGAGCAUUCAUGUCGGCCGGGGAAUUUUCACCCGUCAGAAACAAGAUUUAUAUCUGCUGCCUAUUGUAAUAAGUGAUGGUGGAAGCCCUUCUAUGAGUAGCACUAACACAUUGUCAGUGCGGAUCUGUAGCUGUAAUAGUGAUGGAACCAUGCGGUCUUGCAAUGCAGAGCCUCUUACGCUAAGUGCUGGCCUCAGUACUGGAGCAUUAAUCGCAAUUCUUGCUUGUAUUGUGAUUUUACUAGUGAUUGUUGUUCUAUUUGUAACUCUGAGAAGAGAAAAGAAGGAGCCACUGAUUGUUUUUGAAGAGGAAGAUAUUCGUGAGAAUAUAAUAACAUAUGACGAUGAAGGAGGUGGGGAGGAAGACACUGAAGCAUUUGAUAUUGCAACCCUACAGAAUCCAGAUGGAAUUAAUGGAUUUAUACCUCGCAAAGAUAUUAAACCUGAGUUUCAGUAUACACCAAGAGAUUUUGGCAUAAGACCAGCUCCCAAUAGUGUUGAUGUUGAUGAUUUCAUCAACACAAGAAUACACGAAGCUGAUAAUGACCCAACAGCUCCUCCUUAUGAUUCCAUACAAAUCUAUGGAUAUGAAGGACGGGGCUCUGUAGCUGGGUCACUCAGUUCAUUAGAGUCAGUCUCCACAGACUCUGAUUUGGACUACGAUUAUCUACAAAACUGGGGACCUCGAUUUAAGAAACUAGCAGACUUAUAUGGCUCCAAAGACACUUGUGAAGAUGAUUCAUAACAAUGAUCUAUAUUUGGCCUUAAAAACUGUGUAAUGUACUCAACAAUCCAGAGGAAACAUUAACAGGUAUUUUUUUUAAACCUACAAGAAUGACAAAAAAAGGCUAUUUUAACCUCAGUCAGAGGUGUAGAGGCACGAUUCAUUCCAAAAGAUGAAGUCUUCACUGGUGGGACAUACUGUGAAAACCAUACAACCUUUGUAGAAGUUGUUUAUCAGUUUUCUAGAAAUAAAACCACUUGUGAAAUUCAGCCUACUCAAAGGGAAAUGCAGGAAUGCAGGAAACAUUCAUACUAUAGAGGAAUAUUUACAGUACGUAAAAAAUAAGAUGAACAUAAAACUCUUUUAUGUCAAACAAAGCUUCCACAAAUUAGAAAGGAUAACAGUUUUGAGCUGUAAUUUCGCCUUAAAUCUUGGACACUUUAAUGUAGUACAUUUUUAAACUUGAAAAAAAAAAAAUAUAAUAUUCAGCCAGCUUCAAUCCAUAUAAUGUAUGUACAGUAAAAUGUACAAUUAUAAUGUCUCUUGAGCAUCAGACUUGUUACUGCUGAUUCUUGUAAAUCGUUUUGCUUAUAAUCCCGUCUUAAACUAAUACGUGCCAGAUACGCACCUAUUUCUAUGUCAUUUUUAAUGUAUCUAUUUGUACAAUUUUAAAAUUCUUAUUUUAGUAUACAUACAAAAUAUCAGUAUUCAGACAUGUUACAGCAUCACACUUAUAUUUUAUGAACAUUGUACUGUUGCUUUAAUAUGUGCUUCAAUAUAAGAAGCAAUCUUUGAAAUAAAAAUGAACUUUUUUAUUUCUU